AUGCUCUCGGUUUCCUGGGAAGCUUCUUCACGACCUCAUUUUCUUCUAUUUUGCUCUCACAGCGACUUUCAGGUGCGACCCGCGAACCGCAAAGACGAAGCAGACAUCCUAAAACUGACGGCUGACAUGCACCCCUUCGACCGCAAGCUCUUUCUUUCCGACUUGAAUCAUUACAUGACCCUGGGUCGUGAACCGGAUGGUAACGAGCUCCUUUGCUAUGUGGCUACCUGUGCAAAGAUGGUCAUUGGCGUCGCCAUAGCAAGAAGAGAAGAGAGUAUCGAGUGGAUAAAGGCCCACUACAAUCUUGAAGACUACGUCUACUUUGUGCAUCAUGGUCGUCCCGAAUUCGUGACUCUGAUCCACUUCCUGAUGGCCUCCUCUCUGCACAUGCGUCAGCGGCUCUUCCUCAAAGAGAUUAUGCGACAGGCCGAGAAGACCUGCAUCUUCUAUUUCAUCUACCCACCCUUCACAGCAGAUCGCGUAAGUCGUUUGUUGAUCUGCUUCCUUCCUCAGAUUUCACAUUCGUCCUCAAUUCGGCUUUAUCAUUUAACUCCACGCUUCCCAGGUUGCUCCUUUGAUUUUCCCUUCUCUCCUCCCGCACCCUCCCUCCCUUCCCUUCACUUCCUUUUUCUCACUCUCGUCUCUUCUUGA